AUGAGCCCAACCACGGCAAAAAGGCCUAUGUUGGAGUACGACUCAGACAUUGAACUCUCCGAGGGCGAGGAGGAAAAGUAAUAUAUCUAAAAUAAUAACUUUUCUUUUUUAUUUGUUAUGCUGUGUUUGCAAAACCCUUAAUCUUUAACUGCAUUGAAAUCAACAAUUACUGUAAACUUAAUAAUAUAUAAUCAUAAUAACUGCAAGUUAUACUAUAAUGUUCGUAAAUGAAGGUAAACCAACUUCAGCACGCUAUUAUGCGAGAAAUACUAAGUGUAUAGACGUACUUUUUUAUUGCUGUAGAAAUUGGGAUCUUAUCUAUCAAAUGACGUAUUUCUUGUAUCAUUUUGAGCGCGCAGAAACGAAAUGACAUAUUUACGUUGGGAAUUAUUUACACUUGAAGUCAGGAAUCGUUUACAGAUAAUCAACACCAUGAUAUGAACAACUAAUCUAUGAAUAAAUUUACGAAAUCUAAUUAAAGCAAGUUUAUACAUGCCCAUAGGCAUUAUAAACUUAAGUUAAUGAAACAAGCGUUCGGAUAUAACCAAAGUUGUGCAAAGUCCUUUGAUUAGACCAGGUUAGGCACAAAGGUCAGUCUUAAAACGCGUGACCACUCACGUGCAAAGCACUCGGUCGUCGCCUGUGAGCCAAAGUGAAAGACACUUCACAGCGAAAAAAUUACUUAAAUUCCACCCACCUCACCCGUCAAUGAUGUUGCACCACUUUAUCAUAGCUUAGUAAAAAAAACACAACAAAAAACACAAACUGUAUUAUAGCCUGUUGUUAUAUUGCAUGGGUCAUUAUCAAGACAGACUAGCAUGGACUGCAAUGCUCGCAGCGUUUACUGAACAGUAGAAUAGUUACUACUUGUAAAAUAUGUGGUCGGUUUUGGAAAAUAAAAAAUUUGGUUUUGGGGAUGGAGUGCUUCCCAUAGGUCACCCUCAUCCCAUAGACUCACAAAUCGAUGUACCAUACAUUAAAAAUGUUAGAUUGAAGUAUAUCAUGCCCAACAUGGGGACCCAGACCCCCUGAGGGCAUUAAUUGCAUUAGAGUCCAACAUGGGGACCCAACCCCCCUGAGGACCGCCCAACAUGGGGACCCAAACCCCCUGAGGGCAGUAAUUACAUUAGAGUCCAACAUGGGGACCCAAACCCUCUCAGGAUUGCCCAACAUGGGGACCAAAACCCCCUGAGGGCAUUAAUUACACUAGAGUCAACAUGGGGACCCAGACCCCCUGAGGACAGCCCAAUAUGGGGACCCAGACCCCCCGAGGGCAUUAAUUAGAGUAACUGUGAGUCUGUUGGGUGACACUUUGACCAGUUGAAAGUAUAUAUUCGGAGCAUUUCUCCCCAACAACCCUUCUCCGACAACAUUGUGUGUGCUUUACUGUCUCAUAUAUAGCUCUCUUAAAUAUUAACUAACCGAAUUGAAGCAUUAACAAACAAAACACUGGUUAAUUGCAUUUUCUUUAGUUCGACCUUACCGCCAUAUGAAUUCCCAACGGUGGAAAUAUGCGAUUUCGACCGGCAAUUUUUAUUAAGGCCACAUUUGAUAGCUAAAAGCCUAUUAUUAAUUUACAGUGAUUAAAAACCACGCCAAGAUAACCAGUAUUUUUCACACAAUAGCGUCAGUGCUAAGUUGGCAAAAUCCUAAAUUUUUACCCACCAAGUUAGUCGCUCAGCCUACUUUUCACAAUCGCUUUCUUUUGAAGUUCUUUUGUGUUUGAAAAGGCGAAAACACACAUUUGAAACAUAUGAUUCAUGUUUCCUUUGAAUUGAAAAGAUUUCCACCAAAAGAUGAGAUUUGUUCAUAAAUAAACCGUAUAUACUUUACUGUAACAAUGAGAUGAUACUGGCCGGUACUGUAUUUACUUUAGCCUACUUAAUGGUGUUCCAAUGUUUCACCUUCACUCUUCAGAUUCGAAGAUGAUGACAUUCAAAUGGCCAGUUCUGACGACUUUGAAAGCAAUAGUGAUGUCGAGGUGGAAGCUGAACUGUCUGAACAGCACACAGACAUUGACUCAGAUGUCGAAAUCCUUGGAAACUCUUCUGAAUUUGAUGGCGAGUGGCGGUUUAUUGGUUUAGCAGUUGAAGAUGCUGAUCCCGUGUGCAAGCGCUUAAAUGGGCUAAUUAAAGCUGGGAAGAUACCAAAGGACAGGAUCUUCUACAAAUAUUUGUCAGAUGUGGUGGAAAUAUUCUACAAUCCCUUGCAUCCAUGGGAUAGUGACAUUCUCGAAUUUUUCAGCUCUCUGUCCUAUCUUGGUGGUCAACGAACGUACAAUAUGGUUAGAGGACCUAUGCAAGCAGGACAGGGUCCUCUAUGUGCCAAUAAGGGUGGAGAGGUGAACAUGAAUCUUGGAGGACUGUCGACUGAGACUGCGCAAAAAACAAGCGGCAUACUCUACACAAUCCAGUGUUCACAGACAUUUAAGUGA